AUGCCAAGAAAACAAUGUCAAGAAUGUAAAGAAAUAAAAAAUAUGAGCGAACUAAGUGCUAAACUUGAAAUUUGUCAGAGUUGUCGAACCUGUGAAAAUUGUAGUCGAGUAAUAAACGAUGGAACUUUGUAUUAUACCCUAGAUGAAAGUUAUAAAGAAAAAUUAACCCGUUGUCAUUUUUGUUUAAGCAAAGGAGAUAGACACCGACAACUUCGUCAUUAUGACCUCGACAGAUUAUUGAGAGAAGCCCGACAAGUAGAAAAUAAACUAAAAAAUUUUAAAGAAGGUCAAGAUUAUUCAAUUGUUCCGACUGAUGAACCAAACGUAAAAACUUAUAAUUUCCAUAACGAUAAAUUGCGAAGUGCGUUUCGAGGUGAUAAAGUUCCGGUGCGAGUAACCCAAGAAGCCUAUGAUGGCCAGGAUUAUACUUAUCGAGGUCAUUUUGAGGAAGGAAAAGAUUACCGAUAUACACGGUCUAUUUUUGCUGGUAGGCAGGAAGGAAUUAGUGAGCAUAGCAAAGUAGAAGUUUAUGGUGAAGGUGGCAAAUUUAACUCCGGAAAAAUGUUAAAAAAAAUGAGAUUGAUUGAGGAAAACGGCGGUAAAGGUUCAGAAUAUUUGCGGCAAAAAUACGGAGAAAAUUAUUUCAUAAGUCCAGAUCGAAACAAGAUUAUUGAAAGCAUUAAGCAAAGCAUUAAUGAGUAUGAAACAAAAAUCCAGUUUGACAAAGCCAAAGAAUAUUAUGGUGUAUAUAGUUUAGAUAGAAGUGGUCAAGAGGUUUAUUGUAGUAGUGAUUGUGCCGAAAAAUACAAAAGCGACCCAUAUGGCAUAAUUGAGUAUUUACCACAAACUUACUUGGGGAAAGAUGAUAAUAACCAUUCCGAUUUACGCCAAGAAAACCAAGCAUUACGUCAACAAUUAUCAGAAGUCCAAAAACAAUUAGCCAAAGUUUUAAAGGAGUUGAAAAAGUUAAAGAAAGAGGUAAAAGGUGAGGAAAGCGAAAAAUUGAGCCAGCAAAUAGUUCAAAAUGAAAGGUUGAUGCAAGAAAGCAAACACGUUUCAGUGGCUGAGGUGCAAGAGCAAGUUAAUAAAUCGCAAGCGUUAAUGAAAGAGUUGAAAAAUGUUUCCUCAACCAACAAUAAUAAAGAGGGAAGUAUGGUUCCUUAUGUAAUUGGUGGUUCG